AUGUCCGUUAUUACCUUCCCUACCGCUUCAUCUGAAAAAGAUGUCUUUGUAACGGUAUCGGCACUAGAAGGGGGCUUUUUGACUCUCCCAGAACACUUAUUCGUUACCGAUGCCGAGCCCGGUAAAAGAAGGACACUUCCAUCAUUAUGUUUCUUGAUUCAACAUCCUUCCCAAUCGAAAAAUGAUGCGGGUAGAAAAACAAACAUAGUGUUCGACCUAGGUCUCAAACGGGAUUUGCAAGGAUACAUGCCGGCUAUGCAAGGCCAUAUCGCCGCUCGUCAACCGAUUCAUACGACACCGGAUGUAGCGGAGAGUCUAAGGGCUGGAAAUCUUGAUCCAGCAAGAGAUGUUGACUAUGUGAUAUUGAGCCAUGUUCAUUGGGAUCAUGAGGGCACUCCGUCAGAUUUCGAACGAGCGACUUUUAUAGUCGGACAUGGGACCUUGCAUUUAUUAGAAAACGGAGCAACGCAUUACCCAAAAGAUUUGUUUAACCCUCAACUGUUACCAAGAGAGAGGGUAUGGGAAUUUGAGGCCUCCCCAUUACCAGAAGCGGCGUUUGGUCGAGACCGAGAAUAUAUAGGAGAGAAAGCAGCUGGGAUUACAGGGAAGAAAUGGCAGAAACUACAAAGUGUCUCGGGUGAGACUCUGUUCCCCGCUGUUAUAGACGUCUUUGAUGAUGGGAGCAUGUAUCUCAUUGAAAGUCCCGGUCACUUGUUUGGCCACAUGAAUCUACUAGCCCGUGUUGGUGCGACGAAAUGGAUCUAUCUAGGCGGUGAUUGCUGUCAUGACCCGCGUAUAUUGACCGGCGAGAAGGGAAUCGCCUUGUACGACGAUGGUACUGGAACGGGCCACUUGCGUAGUGUUCAUGUCAACACAGAGGUUGCAAGGGCGACUAUGGAUCGAAUUCAACAUUUACUUGGGUCGGCGACUGGAACGGUUGAUAUUGAAUGUAUCGUUGCACACGAUGGGGACUGGCGAGAAAAUAAUUCCCAUCGAUUUUUAUCGCAGAAAUAA